AUGCCGGCGUCCGCCUUCCCGCCGCCGCCUCUGCGUCCUGGGACCGCGGUCCCUGGCCCCUUCUCCGCCAAACCCUGCCCCGGCUUCCGGCCCGCGCUCCCGGGCGGUCCGCGGUCCAGGCAGAGCCGCAGACGGCCGGCAGACGCCACUGCCCGGGCCAGCGACCCGACCUCGAGAGCCGGGUUGGGGCCGGGCGCGGAAGGCCGAACUCGAGAGCCGGGCUCCGACCCUCUCGGUCCUAGGCGCGCCUCGCAGGAGCCCCGCUCGUCCGCGUCCCCCGUUUCUGGGCUGGGGUACGUCCCUCUGUCCGGGCGCCGGUCCGGCUGUCGCGCCUCCCCCCUCCGUCCCCGCGCCCGCCGCCGAGCUCGGGGCGGCCCGCAGCCCGCCCCUGCGGGAGGCCGGAAAUACAGGUACGCACCCCUGCUUCAGGCUCCGGGGUCGGCCCCCGGGCUAGGCGGGCCGGGGUCGGGCCGGGGUCGGGCCGGCGGACGAUCAGCCUUAGGCCUGGGCCGGCCAGCGGCCGAAGCUUAA